UUACAACCUUUAUUAGUGCAACCUUUAUUAGUGCAGCUAGAUUAUAGUAGAACCUUGUUGCUGCGCAAAUGGAGUAUUGUUGUACCUCAACAUCAUGAUAGUGACGGUGAAGAUUUGAGCAAAGUUGCAAUGGGUCACCUAAAUCACGGGUCAGGUCAAGGCAAACAGUGGAGUAUCGCGGUCAUGCCUACCCAUGCCAGACCACAUCUGACCGGUCUGACCAUGGUGGAGACUCGGAAUGUUUUGCGAAGAGAGCACAGCGACCACAGCGCGGGCCGUCGGGCCGAAUUCAGCCAAUGGAUUCGGAUCGGAUCGUGUUGCCACUCGAGCUCCAAGGAGGCGGACUCCCGACCCGGCAGGCUCUAGCAGCAUCUGCGCAUCACGCAUGCCUAGAACCAAUAUUCUGAAUUUCGCAGCGCCAAGGGUCGCCACCGAUUACAUAAUCGAGGACUAUUACUGGCACCAGGCCUGCCAGCCCCCCACCAGAUUCCGUGACUCCAUCCAUCGAUCUACGUUGGGCGUUGAUCGCUUCCUCAAUCUGAAUGGCGUGGAGUUAGGCCAGGGAACACGUCAAACGCGCCUUUCCCGAGGAGGUAUCCCAGUUGCGCCCGAUGCGACGACUGCUCAGACUCUCGUCAAGAGCGGAUCCAACAUUGCUUCGCUUCAAGAUUGUCGUGAACCGAACGGCUCCUGGGAUAUCACGGAUCGUGGUCAUCAUUUAACGAAUUCACGCCACCGCAUGCAGCAGGAGUUAAUUAAUAUUUUCUGGGAACGUGCGUCGGGAGCUGGGAUGUCACCUAAUCUCCUAGGGGGUGCCCCAGGCCAGGUUGUCGAAGGUAUGGCUGCUACCAUUCUUGACAUUGUUUGUUGCUAUCGAGGCUCUGCCUCCCCCGUUUCGUACAUCCUCAGCAAGUCUUUCGGUCGUCAGUUAAAGAGCUUAACUACUACCACUGCAUCGUAA